UCAGCUGCAGGGACCGAGAGCGCUCAGACCGUCGUGAGGCGGAGGAAGUGGGCAACCACGGUCACCCUCCAUCUUCGAUACCUUCGUAACGACAGUUUGCUUGAGGGAGAAACUGACAGAAAAAGGCGCACAGUUUGGAAUAAACUGCUGAAGGGGUGCAUGAAUCAUGAGCGGGCUGAAUGUCAAAAAGCUCAAAGUCAAUGAGCUGAAGGAAGAGCUCCAGCGGCGAGGCCUGGACACCCGCGGGCUGAAGGCGGAUCUGGCGGACCGAUUGCAGGCGGCGCUGGAGGCCGAGGCGGCGGGGUCUGCGCCAUCGGACGAGCAGGAUCAAGACUAUGAGGCUGGCGGGGAGCCGGGAGAGGGCAAUGAUUAUCAGGAGGAAGAAUUUUCAGCCAGGGAGCAAGAUUAUGGAGAAGAGGCCAAGGCACAGUUUGAUGAUGGAAACAGCACAGACCUUUUCCAGGGUGGAUUUGAUGAUCAGGGAACCGAGAGUAACGAAGGCAAUGAGGACAGCACCGAGACCCCCAUACCUGGUUUUGGAACAAGUGAUUAUUCAUCAGACGCAAUGACAGGACAGAUGACGGAGCAGUGCUCCGAUGACCAGGAUGAAUUCCAGGAGCCUGAGGCCAAGAAGCCGUACCCUGAGGAACCAGCCAGGCAGCACUAUAAGCAGGAUGAGGUGAAGCAGGAGUAUGAGGAGACUCCUUCACAUGCGCAGCCACAGGGUGAGCAGAGGUUCGACGAGCCAGCGUCACGGGAGAUCCCAGAAGGAGACUCAAGUCAACGCAGCCAGCAGAAAGAGUCCGAGAGUGAUGAGGUGAAGACUGAAUAUAAGGCCGACGAGGAUGCUCCACAGCAGGCUGAGCAGGCCGGUGACUGGGAUGCACAAGCCAAAUCAGAGGAUGAUAGAUACUCGUCAUACAGUCGCAAGAGGUCAUAUGAUGAUAGUCGAGGAUACGGUUACUAUGAACAUCGUGAGGAAAGGAGGGGAAGGUCACCACAGCCCCCAGCUGAAGAAGAAGAGGAAGACAUUGAUGAUAAACUUGUGGUCAUUGACACCUAUAACUGUGACCUGCACUUCAAGGUGGCUCGUGACAGAUACAGUGGUUACCCUCUGACCAUUGAGGGUUUUGCCUACCUGUGGGCAGGUGCUCGAGCCACUUACGGUGUUACCAAAGGACGUGUGUGCUUUGAAAUGAAGAUAAAUGAGGAAAUUUCAGUAAAGCACCUUCCUUCGUCUGAGCCUGACCCUCACGUGGUGAGAAUCGGAUGGUCCCUGGAUUCUUGCAACACUCAACUCGGUGAAGAACCCUUCUCUUUCGGCUAUGGAGGAACUGGCAAGAAAUCCUCCAACUGUAAAUUUGAAGACUAUGGGGAAAAGUUCAGUGAAAAUGACAUCAUUGGCUGCUAUAUUGACUUUGAAAGCAGUGAGGAAGUAGAAAUGGCAUUCUCCAAGAAUGGCAAGGGGCUAGGCCCAUGUUUCCAUGUCUCUCGAGAGGAACUGGCCGGCCGUGCUCUUUUCCCACAUGUAUUGGUGAAGAACUGUGCCGUGGAAUUCAACUUCGGACAGAGAGAGGAGCCCUUUUUCCCUCAGCCAGAGGGCUUCACCUUCAUUCAGGAUAUUCAUCUAGAAGAGAGAGUCAGAGGGACACUGGGACCUGCUACUAAAGCUGAUUGCGAGAUCCUGAUGAUGGUUGGUCUGCCUGGUAGUGGAAAAACCACCUGGGCCAUAAAACAUGCUGAAGAAAACCCUGACAAGAAGUACAACAUCCUGGGCACAAAUGCUAUCAUGGAGAAGAUGAAGGUCAUGGGACUUCGUCGUCAGCGCAACUAUGCCGGACGCUGGGACCUACUUAUUCAGCAGGCCACGCAGUGUCUCAACAGGCUCAUCCAGAUUGCUGCCCGCAAGAAGCGCAACUACAUCCUGGAUCAGGUACUGCUGUACUUGCCUUCCUUUGCGCUGUCCUCACAGCUAAAAACCCUUCCCCUUCCUUCUCAGCCCUCCCCCCAAAAAAAACACAUCCACUGCUGCUCACUGAUGCACAGCAUGUUAACUUUAUCACCACAUGCUCUAGUUCUCUCUCUUUUACUCUCUCUGUCCCCUCAAGCUGGCCCUCCUCCAGAGAAGCGCUUUGAUAACCGCCAGGGUGGUUUCCGCGGCCGUAGUAACUUCCAGCGCUAUGACAGUCGUGGUGGACCUCAGGGUGGCAGAGGUGGCUACCAGAACCGGGGCGGCUCUGGAGGUGGAGGCUACCGAGGAGGAUACAACCGUGGAGGCUACAACCAGAAUCGCUGGGGAAAUAACCACAGGGAUGGAGGUUCUGGAGGCCGUGGUGGAUACAACCGCAAUCAGCAGUCUGGAGGCAGUUACAACCACAACCGCCAGAGCUCCUACAACAAGAGUGCCUCUGGAUCAUCUGGAGGCUACAACCAGUCACAGCCUCAGUCUUACAAUCAAGGCUACAACCAGGGCUACAACCAGAGCAACUACAACCAAGGGUACAACUACGGCAACUACAGUCAAUACCCAGGAUACAACCAGAGCUACAGUCAAACUCCAGCACCCACAGCCCAGACCUACAACCAGCAGCAGCAGAGCUACAAUCAACAGUACCAGCAGUACGCUCAGCAGUGGCAGCAGUACUACCAGAACCAGAGCCAGUGGAACCAGUACUAUAACCAAUACGGCAGUUACGGCAGCUAUAACCAGCAGGGCAGCCAAGGCAGCCAGGGCGCCCAGGGAACACAGUAGUAGCAUCGCAGCCGUUUCAGACGGCCCAUUCCCCUAAGCAGCAUUCCUCAUGCCUUUUUUGUGCUCCUUCUCUUACCUAGUCUUAUCCUUUUUUGCCUGCUCUCUGUAAACCUUUAUUCUCUCCCUAUUUAAGCCAACCUUAAAGGUAACCACAUUUCUGUGGCCCUCCAUUGCUCUGUUUGAGUUUUGGUGAGAAGUAUCCCUUUUUUGCUCUUCUACUAAAUAUUUGUUUACAUAAAGCUUGAUCUUUUUUUCCUCUGUGUACUUGUAGAUGAGAGGUUCGACAUUUGAUUUUAGUAAUGUGUGGUUUAGUCCACUGCAAACAGCUCACACUAUGAUGUGCUUGAAUGUUUCAAAAUAGAGCAGGAGAAAUCUGAGGAAGCUUCGCACGCUUAGAUUUACAUCUGAUGUAUAGAGUGAAAGAGAGGCAAGGUGUUUCUGUGUUCCAAUAGUUUUACCACUGAUUUUAUUUUAUUUUUUAUCUUUUAAGAUUAAAGAACCACAUUUUGCGGUAGAUGGUUAUGGGUAUUGUUCUGUGUAUGAUCAUAUGCCUGUAUGUACACAUCGAUGUAAGACCAUGUAACACUUUUGUCUAGGUACAUCAUAUUGGAAAUUUUAAUAACCUAAAUCUUGAAUAACACUUUUCUGAUGUCUCAAGCCUGUGAAGGUUAUCAUUUUCCUUUUUAUAUACCAUUUUUCAAAUGACUGAUUGGUCUGAUGCACAUCUACUCCCAGAUUAGUAAUGAUCCAAACUAGUUCCUGUGUGGAUAUGUUUUUACCUUGUGUCUUGUCUGUAAAGCAGUAUCUGCAUAUGGUUUUGUGUCAAAUCAAAACACAUUAUUUUGUAUUUGAGAAUAUAAUCAGACGAACCA